ACUCAGCCCCGUCUCCAGGAAGUAGUUCCCGUUGCUAAGCAAACUCAGCAGCUGUGCGAGGCAGAAGUGAGACGCUCUGAAACCUGACAUUGAAUAUCACGGUGUUUACGCUCAGAAGAGAGAGACAUUUAAAUAUACAGGUAAGAGAAUUAAACUUUAUGAAGAUACGGAGCAAAUAUAGACCAGUUAACGGUCUUGUUGCAAGCACUGCUGUGAAACGACAUCUAGAUAUUUAAGUUAUUCAGGGCAGAGGUUCCAGAUGUCGAGUGAAUCGUCGAUAAAGAAGAGACCAGGCUCAGCUCUGUCCAUCGUGACUGAGUUCAGUGGAUCUGGUUUAUUAAACCCCAAACCUGCUGCUGAUCCUGAAGAAGAUCUGCUCGAUCAGAGUCUCUCUCCUCACAAACUGAAACUUAUUUCUGGAUCAGACGAUUUACACGAAGUGACUUCACUGGAGAUGUGUGUUGACACGCGACAGGAAACUCUGGACAACUUCGGAACCUACUUGCCCAAACUUACACAGCUGAAAAUGAACAACAGUUUGAUCUCAUCUGUGCGGGAUCUGGGAACCGGUCUUUCCCACCUGCAGGUCUUAUGUCUGGCUCGAUGUGGUCUGACCGACCUGGAGGGGAUUUCUGCUCUUUCCUCCUUAAAGGAGCUGUAUGUGGCCUUCAACAGCAUCUCAGACCUGAGUCCAGUCAGUUUGCUGGAGGAUCUGGAGCUGCUGGAUCUGGAGGAGAACGAGGUUGAAGAUCUGGCUCAGUUGUGGUAUUUGGGCUGUUGUGUGAAGCUCAGGACACUUUCACUGGAAGGAAACCCUGUGUGCACCCGUCCCGCUCCAGGAGCCCCUGAGAUCUCAGGCUACAGCUUCCGGUCUGCGGUGCGUGAGCUGAUCCCUCAGCUGAUCUUCCUCGAUGACGUUCCUGCUGAAGAGGACAAACCUCAACGCUGCAGAGCUUCACUGCAGGACUGGACUCUGCUCAGAGACUCCAUCAGAGACGCUUCGGUCAGUGACGGCCUGGAGCUCGCAGAGAGCUCUGUCAGACCUGCUUCAGCCCGGCCCACGAGUCUCUCCAGCCGUCCAGACAGCGCCAGACCUCUCUCCUCCGGCUCCGACAUCUCCGUCCUGAACCACGAGGCCAGUGAUCUGACCAACGGUGUUGGUCGAGUUCUCUGUGGGAAUCCACUGCAGGCUGCUCGAGCACGAAGACAGAAAAUACAGCUCCAGAACUCUGGAUCUCAAACCCGUCCCAGCACUCGACUCAGUUUCGUUCCUGAACACACGCGUGAGCGCGAAGAGACGAGCCACAGGAACCACAGAGAUGUUCUUGAUGAACUCAGAAACUGGAGGAUUGAACACAACAAACGUCUGUUGGUUAUGGAGAAGGAGCGGCAGCCGCAGGUGAUGAGGAUCCGCCACAGCGAUGAAGAUGAAGGUGAUGAUGAUGAUGAUGAUGAAGGCAGUCAUAGUUUCAGCAGUGAUGACAUCACUAGAGACACGAGCUCUCCUGAUUGGUCGGUUCAGUCUCCCUCAGCAGAAUCUGCAGAGAUGCUGAGACUCAGCUCUUCCUCGGGCUGCUCCAUGUCUCCGUCUCCUCCACCCAGAGCAGCAGCAGCGCCUGCGGGCCGGAGGAUCACACAGAUCCGCCGGAGACUCAGAGCUCAUCAUCCAGACAGCAGUAAAGAGUUAAUCAUGACUCCUCACAGACCCUCCUCCGGUCCUGCGGCCUCCGCUCUUAGAGCGCACUGGUCAGAAGCUGCUGGGAAUCAUCGACACUCAGACAUCCAACAUAAACCAGUAAUACACUCUGAAAAACUGACACCCAGACGUUCACAAACAGCCAGAGACUCCCAGACCGGAAACACCCGCUUGAAGUGAUGCAUUGUGGGUCAGAUUAGAUCAGGUCUGCACACUUUCAGAAGGUGCAGACCUGAUCUAAAGUUGUUACUGAGUCACUAGAGGGCGCCGUCUGCAUCAUGAUACCUGCUGCUUGUCUCUGCUGUAUUUCAGAAGUAUUCCAGCUUUGAUUGACAGGAGAGUCUCAGUCGUGUUCGUGCUCAGAUGUCAUGUGAUCACUGAUGCAGACUGGAUCUCCAGCAGCGCAGCGGAUCGUGAACAUGUCUGCUCCUGCAGGUUCAGUGUUUGCAGACGCAGGUGCAGGACUGUUAUUCCACGCGUCUCUGGAAGUCGUUCUGACAAACACCGCAGCAUUUAUCUCCACAGGCUCCCAGUCUUUAUCCAUUUUGGACAGAAUUUUGUAAGAUUUUUUUGUGCACAUCCAGAUUUAUGUUGUUAAUAUUUGGAAAAUUGUUAAUAAAGGCAAAUUUAAUUGCAUUAAAUGACAGCCUUAGCAUGCAUAUGAUAGUUCUUUAAAGUAAUAUUAAAUAAAUUAAAUGAAAAAAAUAAUAAAAUGUAAAUAAUCAAAGUAAAAAAAUAUUUAAAAUAAUAAUAAAAUAACAUUUAAUAAAAUGUAAUUAAAAAAUAAUAAAAGUAAAAUUUCAGCCCCCAACUUUAACUUAACAGUAGUUAGAUUUUAGAUUUUAUAUCUAUUUUGAUUUAUUUUGCCAUUUUAUAGUAUUUAAUAUAAUUACAGAUAUUUGAUUGGGAAUCUUUCCGGUUUCUCUGCUCAUCUUUGUGAAGAUCUCUUUUCUUGAAACUAAAAAACCUCUCUCUUUCUCUCUCUCUCUCUCUCUCUCUCUGUUGUCAGUAACUAGGGAACACACAGCUCUGUUUAUAUUUAAGUUUUUAAUUUAGAGUGGCUACAUUGCAGAUGAUUUUUCU